GUUUUUUUCCAGAAUGUAGUUUCCCAUAGACCACCAUGCAGGCCCCCACACCGCAUCAUAUCUGAAGUGGUGCGCUUCACUUGCUUUCGAUUUGUGCUCCACUAUGGACCGUAGAAAGGAUGCCCGGCACAGCACAAACACAGACAGGAACCCCUUCACGCUCCAGAAUGACAGAUGACAGAAGCACUAUGCUGUACAUCCUUGAAGAACCUCAGAUGCGGAGAGAAGGCGAGAGGCUUCGAACAUUUCAAACCUGGCCAACAGAUGCUCCUGUCACAUCUGGAGACCUGGCCAAAGCAGGAUUCUUCUUUUUAGGUCAAGGAGAUAAAGUCCAGUGUUUCUGCUGUGGUGGGGUUUUAAGAUGUUGGGUACACGGGGACAGCCCCACUGCCGAGCACAAGAGGCAUUUCCCCACUUGCAGCUUCAUACUAGGCCGAGCUGUGGGAAACAUUCCACUGCAAGGUGGCUCGUCGGAUUCUGUGGACGGACAGCUUUUGAGCCAACUCCAGAGGAUGACCAUGGACGACCAGGGGACGGCAGGACAAGCAGUCUAUCCCGAGAUGGAAGCAGAGGAUUCCCGGCUCACUACCUUCCACAACUGGCCCACGGAGGCUUCAGUCCAGCCGGAUGUUCUUGCCAGAGCUGGAUUUUUCUACACAGGUCACGGCGACAACGUCAAGUGCUUCUACUGCGAUGGAGGGCUGAGGAACUGGGAGCCGGGAGAUGACCCUUGGCAGGAGCACGCCAAGUGGUUCCCACGUUGCGAGUUUUUAAUCCAGUCAAGAGGGCAGGAAUAUAUUAGCAACAUCCAGGAUGCUCAUUUUCAUCUGGGUGAGACUGUGCCUGUGGGUGGCUCACAGGUGUCCACAGGCAGAGAAGUUGGCUCCAGAAAUGAUUUGGUCGGGAGUUUGGCAGCGUCGUCAGCCAUGCUCUCCCCUCUGGUGCAGACAGUGCUCCAGAUGGGCUUUGAAGCCAACCUGGUAGAGAGUCUAGUCCAGACCAAGUACCUUUUGACAGGCCAACACUACUCUCAUGUGUCUGAUCUGGUUAGUGAUGUGCUGCAGGCAGAAGAGGAGGACAGGCAGAGAAGGCCGCAGAGCAGAGAGCCUGAUGAGGGGCAAGGCCCGGGUGCUGGAAUUGUGGGGACCCUAACACCCCUGAGGGAGAAAGUUCCAUCAGGGAGGGAGCCCAGUCCUGAGGAGCUUCUGAGGCAGCUGCAGGAGGAGAGGACCUGCAAGGUGUGCAUGGACAAGCUGGUGUCCAUCGUCUUCAUCCCUUGUGGUCAUCUGGUGGUAUGUGGCGAUUGCGCUGCCAGCCUGCGUCAUUGCCCCAUCUGCAGAGCUGUCAUCAGAGGCAGCGUCCGUGCCUUCAUGUCCUGAGAGUGCGGGGGGUGGGAUGCUAUCCAGGGCCUGCAUGAGAGACUUUUGACGUUUUCACUUGUGGUUUUCCUUUGCAGGCUGCUGGUUUUGUCAACAUUUACUAAAUAUUAUCUAUGCUAAACAUUUUAAGCUGCUCGGUCUGCACGGUGAUCGUUAAUGUGGAUUUGACACAGAUUUCUACUAAAUGACACAAGAGCAGAGAAAGAGUUUUAUUAAGCACAGUUCUGGAAAAGGAACAUACACAGUCCGAUCACACUGGGGUAUUGGGAACACUGGGCACAAAAUGGAAGUGAAAAUAGAACACUUUUUAUACAAAGAUAAAGAAAUAUCUACAUAGAUGUGCCAUCGUUUUAUGCCAUUGCAUACAGAACUGUUUGAAACUAUUCCAGUCGCCACGGUUUGGGACGCUAUAUUGAAACAAAAUGCAAGACUUUUAAUUGAUACCGAGUAUGACACAAUGCACACACUAGUUUGUCAAGUAGGUGUGUGUAAGUUCACAAAAAUAACUGCCUUUGGAGACCAGUCACAGCCAAUGCAGUUCACGGUAUUUAUUUUGAAUGAUCCAAUGUGAUAUGUUCAGACCACCUGGCAGUGAGAAUAUGACUGGAAUCUGAUUACCAGCCAUAUAGCUGUAUGUGCUAAAAAUAGACACAUUUGUUCACAACUCUUUUGCUCCUGAAAGCACUUCAGCUUUAGUAGUUAAGAAAAAAAAAAACAACUAAAAACAGCAUAACUCCUUAACAUAAACAAAGUGCUGAAAAAAUAUUUAUUGCAUCUGAUUUUGAGACGUCAUUUCUUUAAAAAAAGAACACUGGUUUAUUAAAAAAAACAAAACAACUAAAAACCGUCUGUUCUUGCACAUGGACACUGUAAACACCAGAGGGCAGUAAGGCAACAGUGGAUUCUCUCCCCCUAAAAUGACUUUUAGCACAUUUAACAUGAUCAAAGAAAAGUGCAUUCUUUUAAGGGAGGUAUGACCCAUGCGUCUCCAUCUUGACUGAUGAAGUCAGAUCCAGGUAUGACAUAUAACUGCUCAGUAGAAACACUACAGCUACAAGCAGGGGUGCCUCCAAGGGAUUUUGGGCUCCACCAAAACAACAGACUAAUACUGUUUUCUUUCCCUGUCAGUCAUGGGCCCUUACAAUCAGCAGCGCUUUUCUCCCCCUUAUAGCACCCCCGGCUACAAGGUAAACCACUUGAUAUGCAACCAGUAAAGGAGUGUUGUCGUUCCAUUGUUUGAUAGGUUAUACACAUAUACGUACAGUAUGCACUGUAUGCAAAACAUGCUUAAAACACCAGAUUCCAAGUGUUGAACUGGCAUUGGACAGUACUCAGGUAUAGGUAAUUUUACAUCCAAUUGUACAAUGAGGAUGAAGCGGUAUAGAAAAUGGAUGGAUGGAUGGAUGUACAGGUUUCCUAACAUGAGCUAUUUUUGAUGUUUCUUGACUGUCAACAAUAUGCCGAGCAUGUAUAACAAUCCCAUGCACAGCUUCCAAGCACUAUGUCAAACACAAAGACCUGACACUUCAGUGACGAUGACUUGGCUGUUUGUGAAACUCUUCACAAACUUUGAAAGACCUUUGAAAUAAAACUUUGAAAACUUGCAUGCCAUAACUUUAGCAUUG